CGAGAUUGAGCACAUGAGCGAGAGCGCCAUCUGUCGUGGAGUUUGCUGUCGAGUGUGCGUGCGUCCACGCUGUGCUGUGCUGUGCUGUGCUGUGCUGUGCUGCGCUGCUGUGAGAGUUCACUCACUCGCAGACUGACGCAUCACUCGCACGGUCGUCGUUGCAGCGUCAGCGUCGUUCGUGAUAGCAUCGCGCUCCGCUCUCUCGCUCCGUGACACGUGUCCGGCAACAGCGCGUUGCCGACGCACCGCUGCAUGGCCGCGGUAACCCAGACGUCGGCUACAGAUUCGUCUCGCGGCGGGGACGAACGCGAUGGAACUGCGUCUCCGCAAAUUCCGCUGCUGCGCCUGCCUGCUGCCCGGCGCGCUCGUCGCUCUGGUGUUGCUGCUGAACGCGCACCUGAAAACCGGUUUCGAUCCAACCGGAUUCGGUCAGUGGUCGUGGCGGGCGCCCGCUCUCGGAUCGUUCUACAUGUCCGGCGCCGCCGGACGAACGGUGACGCGGUUCGACUGUCGGCAGAUCUUCGACGGCAAUGAGACGGAGAUCGCGCGGGCCGUCGCUCACGCCGAGAAGCAUCCGCUGCCGCCGCUAAACCUCACCGAGUUCCUACUCUCGCUUAGCGACUGCGACGCGUUCCGGACGCGCCGUGGAUAUCCGAGCGAACCGUUCUCGGACGAGGAGAGACGGUUUCCGCUGGCCUUCACCAUUCUCAUGCGAAACGAGGUCGACCAGCUAGAGCGGCUGCUACGCGCCAUCUACAUGCCGCAGAACUCCUACUGCAUCCACGUCGACGGCAAAGAACCGCUGCCGAUCCACGACGCCGUGCGGCGGCUCGCCGCCUGCUUCCCGAACGUCAAGGUCACCGACCCGUUCAUCAUCCUUUAUACGGGCGUCAGUCAGUUGACGUCGGAGCUCGGCUGCCUGCGCGACCUGUAUGUCGCCGACGCCGCCUGGAAGUACUACCUGAACAUCGCCGUCUCCGAGUUUCCGCUGAAGACCAACCGCGAGCUGGUGAAGAUCUUCGCGCGCUAUGGCGGCCGCAACGAGCUGGAGAGCUUCCUGUCGCCCCUGACGGCGCAGCGCAGCAAGUACCGGUACGUGCACGUGCACAACCGCAGCACGGGCGUCACGCGGCUCGUCAAAACGAAGGUCGCCAAGACGCCGCCGCCGCACGCGCUGCAGCUGUGGAAGUCGAGCCGCUACGUGGCGCUGAGUCGCGCUUUCGUCGAGUUUGUGCUUACGAGCCCGGCGUCGCGCGACCUGCUGGUGUGGCUCAGCGACACGGCCUCUCCGGACGAGUCGUGGUGGGCGACGCUCAACUCCAAUUGGCAGAUCAAGUCUCCUACUUAUGCAAAAGAACGGAAACGCGACGACCGCUACGUGGCGCGCGCCGUCAUGUGGCAAGGCGACGGCAUGACGUGCCGCGGCAAGUACGUGCACAGCAUCUGCGUGCUCGGCGUCGGCGACCUGCCGACGCUGCGCACCUACUUCGGGCCGAAGCUCAUCGCCAACAAGUUCCAGCGCGACUACCAGCCGACGGCCUUCGACUGUCUAGAGGAGCUGCACGUGAACCGCACGCUGCGGCCGCGAGAGCUCGACUGGGGAUUCUAUGACCGACUGCUAAAUCUGAAGCCCUACGAGCUGCCGUAUAGCUCGUGA